AUGCAAUUGGGUUCCUUCAGUGAUCUGGUGUCUGUUGUAAGACAAUAUGAGGAAGACAUAGAACCGUUCACAGUGAUUGCAUGGUUCGUUUGGUGCAGACGAAAUAAAUGUCACUUUAAGGAGCAAUGCUUACCACCUGAGAAGAUAGUGGAUGCGGCAGAAUCAGUUUUAAAAGAAUUUCAAGAUAGACCCAAAACCAUGACAGUGAGACUACAGCCACAGCCACAACUAUGGUCACCACCGGAAUCCGGUAUUUACAAAGCAAAUUAUGACGGGGCAUACUUUGCAGAGGAAGAAGCAGCAGGAAUUGGUGUCGUAGUGCGAAAUGAACUGGGACAGGUGAUGGUGUCCUUAGUAGAGAAGUUCGCCAUGCCUCAAACGGUGGAAAUUCUUGAGGCGAUGGCAGCUAGGAGGGCUAUGAUCUUCAUGGAGGAAUUGGGAUUGCGUAGGGCCAUUUUUGAAGGAGAUUCAGAGACUGUUGUAAAGGCCCUAAUAGGGGACUGCCCAGACCGGUCUAGUAUUGGGCACAUUGUAAAAGACUGCAAGUCUUUAAUGGGUUGUUUUCAAACCUGUUCUUUCUGUCAUGUGAGGCGGCAGAGCAACGGAGUAGCUCAUGCUUUAGCUAGGAGAGCAAGAAAGUCUUCCCCUUCGUCCGUUUGGAUGGAAUCUGUUCCACCAGACAUUUCCUAUUUAGUGUAUGUCGAUGUAAAGACUUAA